GCGUCCUCCGAUUUUAUUCACAGAAAGUGUUCGCCAUAUUGCUUCCGUGAAUUCAGUGAAAUAUUUGUGCAUUUCUCUUCAAUUAUGAAUGCAAUAUGAAAAUAGUUUAAAGGAAAACAAUCCAUGUUUGAUUAGUAGCUCUGGUUAUACAUUUUUAUGCAGCUCAGACGUUAAAAUAACGUGAAAACGCGUCGAGCGCAGCACACCCAUGUCGUACGAGAAGAUGGAAGUGGUGAAUCCGGCAGAAAAGGAGGCGAGUGAGGUCCUUCACUCGCUCCUCUCGGUGGAGCGCCGCAGUGUGGACAGCAAGGAGGCCAUCAUCGUGGCCAUUCCGCAAGACCAGAAUGGCGGAGGGGAGUAUGGGGAGAGCGCCCAGUGGCACACGCCUGUCAUGGGCCAACAUUCUGUGUUCGAGAUGGGAACCGCACAGAACAUGCAGCAGCACAACUAUAACGGCCACCAAGAACAGGUUUUAUGGCAAGGUCACACAAUCCAAGUGGAGAAUGGCGAGGCUAACAUGCAGGGAAUGCAAGGUGCUUACAGCAUUGAAUUCUCAAAUGUUGAUGGUGAUGGCAUGGAGGUUGAAACAAAGCCUAAAAUGGAGAAGAAAGGCGGGGCUAAGAGGAAGAAAAAGGGAGCUGAAACAGAUAGCGAUGAAGAUGUUCUCGACAACAAACUUGAGGAUAAUCCUUUACAAGUGAAAGAAAGACUAAGGCGGGGAUGUGAUUGCAAAGAUAACUGCUACCGUGGGCUGAAUCCAGAGGCUGUCUACCGUCACCGUCUCAACAUUGCUGAACUGACCAAAAGUGAACAUGACAUGUAUCUGAUGGGCAUUACUAUGGCCAGUUUGGCUAACCCGGCCGAAACGUCGCGCCACAAGGUCAGGAGGAGACUCAGGGCGUGCUAUGUAUACCAAGGAAGAAAGGUCUGUUUGGAAGCUUUUCUGUAUCUAGAAAAUGUAACACAUUAUCAGCUCAAACGCAUCAGGCAACACGUCAUGACGCACGGUGUCGCGCCCCGGAUACACGGUAACGUUGGCAAGAAGCCCUACAACACGUUCACCUUAGACAUAUAUAAACAUGCAACUAAUUUCUUAAAGGAGUACCUGAAACAACAUGCUAGCUCACCUAAAGACGUCCAGCCUUCCGGCGAACAGGGCAAGAAAGCCAGCAAGACCAUUAUUAUACAGGGAGACUCGCGGAAGCACUUGUUUGAGGCUUACAAAGAGUAUGGGGAAAUUCUUGAGCCUGGAGUAAAACUAAUGGGAUAUUCCACUUUCCGUGCAUUCAUGAAGGACCAAUUUCCUCAUGUCAAAUUCGCCACUAAGAAACAAGACAUGCCCAAAGACAUGGUUCCGUUCCGCAGCGGGAAGUGCAUGUCGUACGAUAAGAACAAGGAUCCGAUCAGGGCGCAACAGGAAAAAGAAAAGGUGGACCACAAGAAGGCAGCUAUGGAGGCUAAGAAAAAGGAGGACCACGAUAGGGAGCAGCACGUGCAGCAGCAGCAACAGCAGCAACAACAGCAAGUGCAACAACAACAACAGCAGCAGCAGCAACAAGUGCAACAGGUGCAGGUGCAGCACCAGCAGAUGUCGAGCCAGCCGCACGUGGUGAUCCACCAGCAGCAGCCCGGGCAGCAGUCCAUGCAACAGCAGAUGCUGGUGCCGCAGGUGUCGCAGCACCAGCAGGUGCUGACGCAGCAGGUGGGCAGCGUGCAGCAGGUGUCGCAGCACAUGCAGCCGCUGGGCGUGUCGGACGAGCCGCCGCAGCCGGUGGAGAUGGCGCAGCAAGUGAUCCCGCUGGCGGUGGUGCAGCAGCAGCAGCAGGCCUACAUCGUGACGCCGGUGUCGCACUUCCAGACGCGCGUGCAGGGCGCCUGGUACAGGCAUUGACGACGCUGCCACCGGCGCGCGGCGAGUUAGCGAGAAUACCUAGGUUACGCCUAUUCAGUAUUGGUUAACUGACAUAUAACGACUAUCUGUAAGGAUAAAUUUAAUCAUAUUUACACCAGUAACUUAGCAGUAGCUAUGUAGUUUAUUUUUAAAUGGUUUUAAAAUUGAUAGCGUCGUUUCGUUUUACUGAAUAAAAUUGACGGUUUAUGUAGAGAUUGCUGGUUAGAUUGCGAAUGUACCGAGUGUAGUUUUAUAUUUUCCGCGUGAGUUUAGAUGUAAAUGGAUCAUGAUUAUUUUAUUUUUGGACUAUCUAAGCGUUCAGACGGUGUUGUCAAUCAAUAUUAAAUUCACUUUGAAAAGCAGUGCCUUUAAAAUUUAUGAUGUGGAUUAAGUAAGACAUAGCUAUGAUGUGUGACUAUACUUUCAAAAUACAGAUUUAAGAAACAAAAAUGCAGAGAAGUAUGUAUUCGUGCAUUAAAGCGUAGGCAAUACAAAUUAAUGAAGUACAUAUCACUUUAUUUUUCAUGGUUUACCUAAUGUAAGGUAUUUUAUGCCUCCAAUGAGCCUCUGAACAUAGUGUUUGUCAUGUCAGGGUAUGAAUUGGUCCCAUUUGAAUGAAAUUAUGAUGACUGUUUUUGAUUUAAUCGCCUAGGUAUACAGUCGCCAUCAAGAAUAUUGUAAUUUUAUAUAAUGCUCAAAAAUAUCUUAAAAUAACUAAUAUUUGUUACGCAAGUUGUUUAUAAUUAGAUAUUUUUGAACAUGUUCACUAUGGCGACUACAAUCAAGUGUAAAAAUUAGCCAGCAAUAUAAAAUUAAAAUGAACAUCUUUAUACUCUAGGGCAAAUAGGGUCAGUUGCAUCAACCACAGUUAACAAACACUUCAACGUCACGCAGCAGAAGUCUGGAAAUCCAUACGAUACGAAAAAUUUAGCGAACGUUAAAUUCGGGAACGGUCUGUUUGGUGCAACCGACCCAUAUCACAAGGUUCAUUUGGUCAACAUAAUUAUGUGUCAUUCUUAAUCAAAAGGUACCAGAUUGUCGCUUAAGGUCUUAAAGAUAAUUCGUCUAAAGAUACGUGCAAAUUUCGUCCUUAUCGUAAGCGACAAUUUGACACCUUUUACUUCAGAACGUCACAAAAAGUUAAAUCUACCCAGGGCAGGCUUCUGUUAUUUUUACGCAAAACAUACUAGGUAUUAUAAAACAUGCUACUAAAAUUAGUUCUUGUAGGCAAGUGGCAAGAAAUGUAAUAUUGCCUUUCCUAAGAUUAUCUCGUUUUUACACUUGAAAGUACAAGUAAAGCUGGCAGCUGUCAGCUAACAUAAAAGACUUCCAUAUAAUGGCGCUUAUGAAUUCCUUAGUUUAGUUUUUUUAGCCAGUUAUGGAUUUUUGGCUCUAUCACCAUUGAUUGUGCUGUAAGAAAUAAAUUAUUUUAGUAUAGGAAAUAAACAAUAUUUUAGUUGUGGAUGUUAUAACCAUCAUCUUCAUCACAUGCAUUAUCUUGAUCGUUCACAUCUGUCUAAUGUUGAAAACUGGGAGCACUUUAGGACGUAAGAGUACUGAUUUUAAAUGUUUAUAAUCUUAUUUUCAUUAAAGUAAUAAUAUUUAUGAUCAUUUUAUUCCAGAUAAAAUUAUGCUUUCUCCGUUAUUGUAUUAAUGAAAUUUCGUUCUUGUCACAUAUGUUAAAAAUAUACUGACGCAAUAGUUCUUCACUUCUGGAUAAUUCUCUUCGAAAAUCUCACAUUUCUUUCAACUAUGUUAAGAUAGACUUAGUAUAUGUAACAAAAAUAGAAGUGUGUAAUCAUUAUCAAUUUUACUAUAGACAGUACAGAAUUGUGCCUAGAAAAUAUGCUUAUCCAUGUAUUUUUAUAGAGCAAUAAUGUGUGCGAUUCGAAGCAGAUUCAUGUAACUACAUAAUCAUUUUUCAAGUACCUACCGACAUUGAGUGAGUGAUUGCUUAAGAGUUUUGGGUCGUCUUCGAAUCAUAGUAAUCACCUAGCAUAAAGUUCGGCAUCUAUGUCAAAACUGUAGGAAGACAUCAUGAUGUGAUAGAAAUUAAACUUUUAUACUCUA